AUUUCUGUCUCCUAAAGCCUCUCCACAUGUGGACAAAGCCGUCGCUGCAGACACUGACUUUGUCAUAAAGCUGGAGUACCACGAGAACGGGCCCCUGUUCUCCGAGCUCAAGUUCUACCAGAGAGCAGCCAAACCCGAGAGCAUGCGAAAAUGGACGAGGAGCCGGAAACUGGACUUCCUCGGCAUCCCGACCUACUGGGGAUCAGGACUCGCCGAAUACAAUAACCUCAGGUAUCGUUUCAUGGUCAUGGACCGCCUGGGAACUGAUCUCCAGAAGUUCUUGGAGAGCAACGCAGGCAGAAUGAGGAAGGCAACCGUGCUCCAGCUGGGUCAAGAGCUGGUGGAUGUCCUGGAGUAUAUCCACGAGAACGAGUACGUCCAUGCGGACAUUAAAGCUGCCAACCUCAUGCAGGGUCACAGAGACCCUGACCAGAUCUACCUCGCAGACUACGGCCUGUCCUACAGAUACUGUCCUGAUGGACACCACAAAGAAUACAAGGAGAGCCCCAAGAAGGGCCACAAUGGAACCAUGGAGUACACCAGCCUCGAUGCCCACAAAGGAGUUGAUCCAUCCAGACGUGGCGACCUGCAGAUUUUAGGGUUUUGUCUCCUUCACUGGUUGUGUGGUUCUCUGCCCUGGGAUAAAGUUCUCAAGUACCCAGCUCACGUCCAGGAGGCUAAGACUAAACUGAUGGAUAAUCUGCCAGACUCAGUGAAGCAGCUGUCAGUGAGCAGAGAGAGCAGCACAGAUGAAGUGGCUGCUUUCCUCCUGUACGUGAAAACUCUGAACUACCAGGAGAAACCAAACUACCAGCACCUCAAAGACCUGCUGUCCAGAGCUGUGAGGGGACGACUGGACUUCUCCAGGCCUGAGGGACCUACAGCUGUGUCCUCCACCAGAGGACAAGAUCCUGGCACCAGGGAGAAGCAGAAUGUAGGACGAGCCAGAGGAGCCAAAGCUCCGGUGAGAGAUGAAGAACAGGACGACGGUAUGAGAUCCAAACCAGUGCUGGCUCAGUACCGAAGAGGACCGCCGUCACAGAAGGAAGAGGUUUUGCCUGAAGUCGGACGAUCACUGAGGCCGAGACGUGGACCUGUGACGUAUGAAGAUGAUAGUGAUGAGGAGGAGGAGGAGGAGGAGGAGGAUGAUGAAGAAGAAGAUGAGGCCAGACCCAGAGCCAUCGCUGCAUGUUAUCUCAGAGGUCCUCCCAUUGGCCCCAGAUCACAGUCAAAACAGGACACAGAAAACAAAGUUAUCUUCAGGAAAUGGGACGAGGACGAGGAUGCGAGAGUCCGACCACAGAGGAGACAAUACUCGCUUCUGGACUGCGAGGGCAGCGAUAGGAGGUCACAGGGUCACCACGGGAGACACGCCCCCGACGCUGUAGAUGCACAAUCCCACACCGGUCGCACAUGGACAAACAGACACUUCCACUGGCUGGUUUUCGUGGGCGCCUCGCUUUUCUUCGGGGGUUUGUUUGUCGGGAGAUUGUCGCAGGCGUUCUACUGACGUCGUCUCUCCUCAGGACGUGUGGGUGGACAUUUUCACAGUGAUGGGCUGAAAAACAUAAGCAAGAGACUCCGUUUACAUGUUGAAAGUCCAAUUUUAGUCAGACUAACGUACCUGGAUAAUGCGAUUCAUAGUCCGUUUACUCCAAGCCUAUAGUAAACGCAAGGAAUCAUGGGGAUACUGAUUGCUCUAUUUGUACAAACUACUCCUCAAGGAAUUCAUUUAUAGAAUCAGACUUUCAUGUUUACUGGUCGACCACAUUAUGUAGAUGUUGUAUUUAUCUCUUUUUAACGAUGGCAAGUGUAGGACUGAUGUUGAAUUAUUGACAAACCUAGUGGUUGUGAUUCACAUUACAUUUAUUUUUUUGUCAUGGUCUCAGGGAAAUAAAAUUGCAAUCUUGUCUUUACACUGAGCAGUGACGAUUAUGGGAUUAGUGUUAGAUUUCAUGAAAGAAAGUCACUUUCUAAAAUGUGAUUAAAAGAACUAAAAAAAUAAACUAAAACAUCUAUGAUGUUGUGUUGCAUUCACU